AUCUGUGACAAGACCGUCUCACACCCCCGCGGGUUUGCACCCGCUCGAGAACCCAAGGCUCGCAUCCGCUAUUCCCUCCAGUCUUGAGCUCGCCCGGAGCACGGCGAUACGACCUCGUCUUAUGUUUCAUGCUCUCAGGCGAGUCCGGCCCUGGCAUCGUAAACACCCCUAUGUUUGAUCCCGCCAACCCGUUGCAGCGAACUAGUUUGGUCGCAAAUUUGGGAUGGCAGGUGAAGCCCAUGCCAUCCAGAGUGAAUGCCCAAGAUACAAAUAAAGACCAUGUUCAUGUCCCUUCGACCCGCCGCGAUCCUUUUUGUCUCCAUCCUCUGAUCAACCAUUCCAACUUCUCUUCCCAUUCUCAGAGUUUUACUGUUUGUCGCCGGUCGACGUUUUAUUCUCUUUUCGUCAUCCAUCUUCGCUCCGUCCUUUCCCAAAAGUCUGCCGUCGCAAGCCAAGCAAAUAUACCACAACCACAACCGCCAAAAUGCAGUACUCCGUUAUCGCUCUCUUCGCUCUUUACGCCGGCGCCUUUGCCUCUGUAGGCUCCAGGUACAACAGACUCGCUCCCCGUCAAAAUUCCGUCGUCCCUGUCGGCGCACCGGCCAUGACCGAUGCCAACGGCAACGUGGUCCCCUUUGACCCCUCGAGGAUCGUCAAGUCCCAGUAAGGGAUGUCUCUUGGGCGGAAUCUCAGGGACGAGAAGAAGGAGCGCCACAUCAAACCAGCACAAUUUAAAAUCACUGCGAGGCGAGCAGUUUGCUUACAUCAGGCUUGGGAAAUCGGAUUCAAUAGAGAAUAGGCGAAGAUACCAUUUGUUUUUUCUUUUCUUUUCGCUUUCCGUUCAUUGCACAAAUCUUCUCGUGAAGACGUUCCAACAGUUGGCGAAGCAAAGGCGCAGUUAGGAAAGUUCACGCGAAAUAAACUCAUCUCUCAUAUUAUGGCCGAGUAGGUAAUUAGCGUAGAGAUUCCAAGUAAUAUAGAGUCGCGGAUAAUAUAUUAUCCGCUGGUAGGCCUCCG